AUGUCUCAAACUGUAAAGCAUUCCCAUAUAAAAAACUACUACAAGAUCAAACCAAGGAUGCAGCUUUGUUUUACUCCUUCAAAUAAUAGAGCGGUGGUUUCUAGUGCAUCAAAUCAAUCAAAUGCAAUCAACACUGAGAGUCACCAAACAAUCUCUUCUUUUGCAAAACUUGCAAAAAAUGAAAAUACGAUGAUUUUUGAGCGAAAUGAAGACGUUAUGAAAAGAAUUUAUUUAAAUCAUAAAAUACACAAAAAACCAUUGGAGUUACUACCUAAAAAAAUAAAUUAUAGGCUAUUGACCAUAGAGAAGCCACUUUUAAAUCGAACAAAAAUUCAAGAUACCUUUGACUUGAAUUUAUCACAAAAAAAUGAAUUAAAAAAGAGAUGCAGGUCGACUUCCCAAGAAAAAAGAAAUUCUUUGAAGUACAGUUUGCUGACGCCUUUGAGAAAGAAUAGACUAGAAGUUUUGUAA